CAAUCAUGCGCUUACUCUCUCUUUCUGUCAUUAAUCAUUUCUCUCUAAAUAUAUUUUUUUUAAUCUGUCUUUUACGAAAACAAUCUCUGCAAAUUUAGCAUCACCCAUGUUCAGUCUUUGAAACUUUUCAAGUUUUCUCUAAUUCUCUUAUCUUUUACUAAUACCCCUCAACAUGUUGUUUUUUACCCAACUGGAUUUCGCCGAGCAAUCAAUGCCAAUUGCCUUCUCUUUUUAGCUGUAACGCAUUAAUAGUUUCCAAUUUCUACUGCCAAUACUUGUUUCGUUUUUUAGUCAUUUUCUCCUCUCCUCUCCUCUCCUCUGGGUUGUUGCGCGCGCUCUCUCUCUCUCUCUUCUUCUAAUGUUAAUGUCCACCACCGUUAAAAGUACCAAAAAGCUUCGACCUUUGAUCUCAGUUCUUGAAAAUUGAAUUCUUUUUCUAUUUGGGUUGUACUACCAACGCUUUGUUUCUUCCUUUUGGCACUACUAGUAAAUCUGAUAUUGAUUGCUGUGUACUUUCUUGUGUUUCUUAACCAUUAUUAGUACCAAAAGCUUUAAACUUUUGAUCCGUUUUGUUGAAUAAUGUGAUUUUUGUUUUCUGUUUGGCGUCGUAUGAUCAUCUGCAUACAAAGUAUAAACCCCCCUUUUUUUCUUCUUCUUCUAUACAACUUGUCAGAAGAAUACAUAAUUUCUUGUUUUCGAUCUGGGUAUUGGAGAAAACCCUUUAUUUUUCUAAGAACAAACCCUUUGCAAGAAUUUAUGUGGUCUUUUAUAUCGAAUCUUCAAUUUUUGCAGAGUGAUGCAAUUUGAAGGUCCCAACAUUAAGAAUGGCUACUUUGGUCCCUGGUGUUCUGUUAAAGCUCCUUCAGCAUAUGAAUACAGAUAUAAAAAUAGCAGGCGAGUACAGGUCGUCUCUCUUGCAAGUGGUGAGCAUUGUCCCUGCACUCGCUGGUGGUGAACUCUUCCCAAACCAAGGGUUUUAUCUCAAGGUAUCAGACUCUUCUCAUGCCACCUAUGUAUCCCUCCCUGAUGAACAUGAUGAUCUCAUUCUUAGUGACCAGAUCCAAUUGGGUCAGUUCAUACAUGUCGAACGCCUUGAAGCUGCCUCCCCGGUCCCCAUUCUUCGCGGGGUUAGGCCCGUCCCCGGCCGACACCCUUGCGUUGGAACCCCUGAAGAUAUAGUUGCCACUCAUUCUUUAGGGUUCCUCAAUAACAAUUCUGUUUCUUCUUCGGGUUUCAAACCCUUAGAAAAGUCUAAAUACCCUUCAAAAAUAGUGAACCAUAAUCAUGUUGGGGUGAAGGAUAAUAAUAAGUCCACCCCUGUGAGAUUGAAUAGUAGUUCUAAAGAGGAUCAAUUGGAUAAGAAAACAUCGUCAUUGAGUCGAUCAAAGUCUCAAUUGUCCAAGGCGGCUUUGAGUUUAGUGGAGAAAAAGGAAUCUUUGAUGAAAUUGAAGUCCUUGAAUUCAAGGUCAAUUCCUUCUUCUCCAACGAGUUGUUAUUCAUUGCCUACUUCUUUUGAGAAGUUUGCAAACGGGAUUAAGCAGCAGGCAAAGAUCAAGGGGUUGGAGAAGGCAACAGCUAAAUUAGGGUUGGCAGAAAGGGUGAGUUCUGUCCGUGGGGCGAGUCCUACUGCCAAGAAGGCGCCAGGAUUGAGCUCGAUUAAGAAUUUCGUUCAGGGGAUUGAAUUGGGGUCCAAAGCUCUCAGAAAAAGCUGGGAAGGUAAUAUGGAUGUGAAGGCUAGAGAAAGUCCAACAUUGAGGGCCACCAAGCAUGAGCCUCGAGCUCGGAGUAGUUCUGUUCCUAGAAGAUCAACAAGUGACAGGUUACCAGCUAAAGAAGAGAUUAAGGUUCAGAAAUCCGCAAAGUCAUCUAAAGAGGAAAAUAAGGUACAUGUGUCUCCGAAGAAAGUUACUGCAAAUGGAGAUUUUCUUGAACUUGAUAAGCAAAACAAGCAAAGAACUUCUAUUGGGAAGAAAUUGUCCGGAGAGGCUUCUAAUCAUGGAUUACCGGGAAACUUGGUCAAGGUUUCUUUCAAUAAUAGGAGAUUAACAGAUGGAAGUGUUUCGUGGGCUUCCCUGCCAUCUUCUCUUGCAAAACUUGGAAAGGACGUUUUGAAGCAUAGGGAUGCUGCACAAGUGGCUGCCAUUGAGGCAAUGCAAGAGGCUUCAGCUGCAGAGAGCAUACUUCGAUGUUUAAGCACAUAUUCCGAGCUAAGUUCCUCUGCCAAGGAAGAUAAUCCACAGCUUGCAGUGGAGCAGUUCUUGAGUCUGCAUGCAAGCUUGAAUAAUGCUCGUUUGGUUGCUGAUUCCCUAUCUAAAACCACCCUGGCCGGUUCAUCUGCAGAUCUUGAAGAAAGCCCUUCAGAAGAAUCACUAAAAGUCACUUCAGACAGACGCAAACAAGCAUCUUCUUGGGUCCAUGCUGCAUUAGCGACCAAUUUAUCAUCCUUCACGGUGUUUAGCAAACAAGCCACUUUGAGUCCAAUUUCAGCUUCAACUCCAGCUCAAAGCCCGAAAACUGUUCCAGGAAAUCAACCCGUAUUAGUCCUUGAAAAUUUUUCAAAGAGUUCCUCAACAAAACCCCAAACCAAACCUCGGCAGGGAGUCAGCUCUAAGAUUGUGACACUAGGGACUCCACGACGGCUAGUGGAUGGGCCAGCUGUAGGGCAGAAGCCACGGGCUCCACCUCCAAUAGAGUGGGUUAGAGGAGAUGGUCUUGAUGAGGCCGCCGACUUGGCUGAAAUGUUGCAAGCAGAGUCACAGAGUUGGUUCUUAGGAUUUGUAGAGAGGUUCUUGGAUGCUGAUGUGGGUGCUUCACCUUUGUCGGAUAAUAAUCAAAUAGCAGGCAUGUUGACUCAGCUCAAGAGUGUGAAUGACUGGUUAGACGAGAUUGGGGCUAAUAAGAAUGAAGAAGAAACUCCUCAUUUCUCACCUGAGACUAUUGACAGGAUAAGGAAGAAGAUUUACGAGUAUCUUCUUACACAUGUGGAAUCUGCAGCUGCUGCACUUGGUGGUUGCGCACAAACAUCACCGGCAAUUGACACCAAAGUGAGAAGAUGACUCGAAUGAAAUCCAGUUUUCACCGUGCAUAUGUGGAGCACAAAGACAUCGCAAUUGGGCCCUUCAACUGCGAAGUGGUUAUUGGAGCUCAGUAUUUUAAUUUGUGUAUAUACAUCCUACAUGGGGUUCAGGUAUAGAUGGAGUUCUUACUAUUAAUUAUCAAAAAAGGUAGAUAUUUGAGGAUUUUUUUCUUUUUUCUUUUCUUUUCUUGUUGGAGAUGGCCAUUCUCCUUUACCAUGUUUGUGUUUGUUCUAAAUUUUGAUUCAAUAAGACUCAAGGUUAAUGAAUUUUAUAUUGGUUA